AUGGACAGGACAAAGAUGCGCCUCCUGACGCUGGUGAUCGUAGCGGUGGCAGCACAAGAAGAUGCACCCCCGGCAACUUCCGAGGCGAAGACAAGAAGGCCUAUCAUCUCGACGGAUAUUCUCCACGGCACUGCGGAGCUCUUCUACGACGUCUAUGACUCUUUGCACAGCAAGUUCUUGAAGGCACACAUCGACAAGCACUCGGCAACGCUGUCUGCCAGCGUGUCGGGAAUUUUGCCGGAUGAUCCUAUUGUCGAAGUGUGCAAGAAGCUUCAAUGCGACGCUAGCCAGGUCAAAGACGUUCACAAGACGACGCAGGAGAAAGCUCUGGAGGCCUGGGAGGCUGUGAAGCUGAAGUCUACCGAGCUGCAACAGCAGAUGACUACGUACACACACUUCGUCGUUGACACGUUCGAGACAGCGCUGCCGCAGUACGCAGGUCUGAUCGUGCGAACUCCGGGGAAUCUCGUCCUCUUCGUGCUGUACAUUGCUGCAGCAGUGUACGCGUUGGUGAAGUUGGCACUCGUGGCCUUCUGGAUCUUUUGGACGCUUCUCUGCUGCCUGUGUUGUUGUGGAUGCUGCUGCUUGCGGAGAAAGUCCUCGAAGGUAGCGGAGGACACUUCAAAGAAGAACGGCAAAGCUUCCAAGGCGGCUGAAAAGGGCAAAGCCGCCACGGCGCCGGCGAAAGAGACCAACAAGUCCAACAACAAGAAGAAGUGA